UUCCCCCCACCCCCACCUCACGGGCACGGGCCAUUCCCGGCCAGGAAACGCCGUGGCGCCGCGUUGGGCCUAACUCGAGUCCUGCUGCCUCCCGGGAGUGUUGUGCGCCGCAGCCCGGGCCCAGGCCCAGGCCCCGGCAGCGCCUGGGACAAGGUCUUCAGAGCUACUGACAUAAUUUUUUGGAACUUCAGAGGUCUAUAAAAAGGAUUCCUCAUGUCCAUAACAUGUUGGUUGAGGCUCUGCAGCUCACCCCCACUCUCAGAGUGGCCAGUCUCCAUUAAUUGGACCCCGUGAUUUCCACUCUCUGCUGUGUUGGACGUCAUGAGCAUUGCAAUCCCUCUGGGAGUCACCACACCAGAUACAUCCUACUCAGAUAUGGCUGCUGGAUCAGAAAAGGAAGUGGAAGCCCCCUACCUUUCAAGACGAAGUGGCACUACACCAGGAUGUGAAAGUCCAGCGAAAGAGACCCAAGGGGCCUAGGGGGCAGCACACCCCCAGAAGCCAAGUCUAUUCCAGGCAGUACCAGGGAUUAGGGUCUGGGCUGGAAAAAUCCUGGUGUUUUGAAUAUGUUCAGGUCCAGUUCAGACUCUUGAUCCCACAGCCACUUCUUGAGUGAGGGUAUCCUGUCUUGGUAGUGAAUGGAAGAGGGCCUGGUCCCUGGGGCAGUGCAGAAGGCACUUUCAUCAUCUCACUCACUGCAAAUGUCAUGUGAGGUUUCAUGGAAGUAUUAAGAGAUCCAAUUAAGAAGAAUAGUUCUGAGUCUAAAGCAGCCCAGAGUGGCUUCUCUAGGGGAAACUCCCUGCUCAGCUGCCCUGAAUCUGUGGAGGCUAGUCCAGCAGUUAAUGAGAAGAGCGUGUAUUCCACUCAUAAUUAUGGGACCACUCAGAGGCAUGGGUGUCGAGGACUGCCUUAUGCUGAUCAUAAUUACGGAGCCCCUCCUCCUCCGACACCUCCUGCUUCUCCCCCUGUCCAGACGAUCAUCCCUCGUUCUGACCUGAAUGGCCUGCCGUCGCCCGUAGAGGAACGCUGUGGAGACAGCCCGAACUCUGAAGGAGAGACUGUUCCUACCUGGUGUCCUUGUGGUCUUUCUCAGGAUGGCUUUCUUCUCAACUGUGACAAGUGCAGGGGAAUGAGCAGGGGGAAGGUUAUUAGACUUCAUCGGCGGAAGCAGGACAACAUAUCAGGUGGGGAUAGCAGUGCAACAGAAAGCUGGGAUGAGGAGCUUUCUCCUUCCACUGUGUUGUAUACAGCAACACAGCACACACCUACAAGCAUCACCUUAACUGUUAGAAGAACCAAACCCAAGAAGCGGAAAAAGAGUCCAGAAAAGGGUCGUGCAGCACCAAAGACGAAGAAAAUCAAGGCAUUUCGAGAGGGAUCCCGGAAGUCCUUGCGGAUGAAGAAUUCGCCUUCUGAAGCACAGAAUUUAGAUGAGAAUACAACUGAGGGAUGGGAAAAUCGGAUAAGACUGUGGACUGAUCAGUAUGAAGAAGCUUUCACUAAUCAGUACAGUGCAGAUGUACAGAACGCCCUUGAACAACAUCUACAUUCUAGCAAGGAAUUCGUGGGCAAACCUGCUAUUUUAGACACUAUCAAUAAGACUGAAUUGGCCUGUAAUAAUACAGUCAUUGGUUCCCAAAUGCAGCUCCAGCUGGGAAGAGUCACUCGUGUUCAAAAGCACCGGAAGAUCCUGAGGGCUGCAAGAGAUUUGGCUUUGGACACUCUUAUAAUAGAGUAUCGAGGGAAAGUCAUGUUACGACAGCAAUUCGAGGUCAAUGGGCAUUUCUUCAAAAAACCAUACCCCUUUGUGCUCUUCUACUCAAAAUUCAAUGGUGUAGAGAUGUGUGUGGAUGCACGUACUUUCGGUAAUGAUGCUCGGUUCAUCAGAAGAUCAUGUACACCAAAUGCAGAGGUGAGACACAUGAUUGCAGAUGGAAUGAUUCACCUGUGUAUCUAUGCUGUGUCUGCCAUUACCAAGGAUGCUGAGGUCACCAUAGCAUUUGAUUAUGAGUACAGUAACUGUAAUUACAAAGUGGACUGUGCAUGUCACAAGGGGAACCGGAACUGCCCUAUACAGAAAAGGAAUCCCAAUGCUGCAGAACUGCCACUCCCACCUCCCCCAAGCCUGCCCAUCAUUGGAGCAGAGACAAGACGGAGAAAAGCACGGCGGAAAGAGCUAGAGAUGGAACAGCAGAAUGACGUUCUGGAAGAGGAUACCAACCCUCAGCCAGAACAAGUUCCUGAUAAAGUGACUGUAUCCAGUGACCAAGAGGAAAUAGACAAUCCAGAAGAAAAAACAGAAGAAGAGAAAGAUGAUGUCACAGAUGACCAGGAGAACCCAGCUCAUAGCAGGAGGACCCGGGAAGAUAGGAAGGUUGAAGCCAUCAUACAUACUUUUGAAAACUUAGAGAAAAGAAAGAAGCGGCGGGAUCAGCCCUUGGAACAAUGCAACUCUGACAUAGAGGUUACUACCAACGCCUCAGAGACGCCUGUAGGGGAAGAAACAAAAACUGAAGCCCCUGAAUCUGAAGUUAGUAACUCCUCAAACGUGGCCAUCCCAAGCACCCCACAGAGUGUUGGAGUGAACACCCGGAGGUCUUCCCAAGCUGGGGAUAUUGCUGCAGAAAAACCAGUUCCCAAACCACCUCCAGCAAAGCCUUCUAGGCCCCGACCGAAGAGUCGAAUUUCUCGGUACCGGACCAGUUCAGCCCAAAGACUAAAGCGUCAGAAGCAGGCCAUUGCACAGCAGGCAGAGUUGUCACAAGCUGCCUUGGAAGAGGGAGGAAAUAAUAGCUCAGUAACUCCUACUGAAGCCGGAAGUAUAGACAGUUCAGGAGAAAACAGGCAAUUAACAGGGUCUGACCCAAUAGUGGUAUCAGUUGCUGGAUCCCACAUCAACCGUGCUGCAUCUAAAUACCCCAAAACCAAAAAGUAUCUAGUUACAGAAUGGUUGAAUGACAAAGCAGAGAAGCAAGAAUGCCCUGUUGAGUGCCCUUUACGUAUCACCACGGACCCAACUGUACUGGCAACGACCCUGAACAUGUUACCCGGUCUUAUCCAUUCCCCGUUAAUUUGCACCACCCCCAAACACUACAUUCGCUUUGGCUCACCCUUUAUCCCCGAGAGGCGUCGAAGGCCCCUUCUGCCUGAUGGCACUUUCAGCUCCUGUAAAAAGCGCUGGAUAAAGCAAGCCUUGGAAGAAGGAAUGACUCAAACAUCAUCUGUACCGCAAGAGACUAGAACUCAGCAUCUAUACCAAAGUAAUGAGAAUAGUAACACUUCUAGUAUCUACAAAGACAAUGCAGCUUUGUAUUUCACAGACUUGUUGAGUCCAUUAAAGAAAUGGAAGUCUCGCUAUUUGAUGGAGCAGAAUGUCACCAAGUUACUGAGACCUCUUUCUCCAGUCACACCACCCCCUCCCAAUCCAGGCUCAAAGAGCCCCCAGCUGACCACACCUGGCCCAUCUCACCCAGAAGAGGAAUGUCGAAAUGGAUACAGCCUCAUGUUCUCACCAAUCACAUCUCUUACUGCUAGUCGCUGCAAUACUCCUCUGCAGUUUGAGAACAUAUCCUCCCCUGAGAGUUACCCUGCGAAUAGGCCCGAGUCCCUGUCACCCGAGCUUUGUCACCGAAAAGACCUGGACUUGACAAAAGUAGGCUACCUUGACUCCAACACUAACAGCUGUGCUGACAGACCUUCCCUGAUCAACUCAGGUCAUUCUGACCUGGCUCCUCAUCCCUCGAUUGGGCCCACCUCUGACACUGGCUUUCCAAGCAGGAGUGGCGAUGGACAUCAGACCCUUGUGAGAAACUCGGACCAGGCAUUUCGGACAGAGUUUAACCUAAUGUAUGCCUACUCCCCAUUGAACGCUAUGCCUCGAGCAGAUGGAUUAUAUCGAGGGUCUCCCCUAGUAGGGGAUAGGAAGCCUUUACAUUUGGAUGGGGGAUAUUGUUCCCCGGCAGAAGGGUUUUCCAGCAGAUAUGAGCAUGGUUUUAUGAAAGACCUCUCUCGUGGAUCCAUGUCACCUGGUAGUGAAAGGGCUUGUGAAGGAGUCCCAUCUGCCCCCCAGAACCCACCACAGAGGAAAAAGGUAUCCCUGCUGGAGUACCGUAAACGGAAACAAGAAGCCAAGGAGAAUUCUGCUGGUGGGGGAGGUGACUCUGCACAGUGCAAAAGCAAGUCUGCAGGAGCUGAGCAAGGCAGCAGUAACUCACUUUCUGACACUGGUGCCCAUGGUGUGCAGGGAUCCUCAACCCGAACCCCAUCUUCUCCUCACAAAAAAUUUUCCCCAUCGCAUUCCUCUAUGUCCCAUUUGGAGGCGGUAAGCCCAUCCGAUUCCAGAGGCACUUCAUCUCACUGCAGACCUCAAGAGAAUAUCAGCAGUAGGUGGAUGGUUCCCACUUCAGUAGAACGACUCCGAGAAGGAGGGAGCAUCCCCAAAGUCCUCCGAAGCAGUGUGAGGGUGGCCCAAAAAGGAGAGCCUUCUCCCACAUGGGAGAGUAACAUCACAGAGAAAGACUCAGACCCUGCAGAUGGAGAAGGCCCGGAGACACUGAGCUCAGCUCUCUCUAAAGGAGCAACCGUUUACAGCCCUUCCAGAUACAGCUACCAGCUCCUGCAGUGUGAUAGUCCACGGACAGAAUCACAAAGCCUCCUUCAACAAAGUUCCUCCCCCUUUCGAGGACAUCCCACCCAGUCUCCAGGAUACAGUUAUCGAACUACUGCACUGAGAUCUGGAAACGCCCCCUCUCAUGGUUCUUCAGAAUCUUCCCUCUCUUCUACAUCCUAUUCCAGCCCUGCCCACCCUGUGUCCACAGACUCGUUGGCCCAGUUUACGGGGACACCAGGGUAUUAUAGCAGCCAGCCACAUUCUGGAAAUAGCACGGGCAGCAAUCUUUCAAGGAGGAGCUGCCCUUCUAGUGCUGCUAGCCCUACCCAACAGGGCCCCUCAGACUCACCGACCUCAGACUCGGUUUCCCAGUCCAGCACAGGAACUCUGAGUUCCACCUCCUUUCCUCAGAACUCUAGGUCGUCGUUGCCAUCAGACUUACGGACUAUCAGUCUGCCCAGUGCUGGGCAGUCCACUGCCUACCAGGCCUCCAGGGUAUCUGCGGUUUCCAAUUCACAGCACUACCCACACCGCGGGAGUGGGGGUGUGCACCAGUACCGACUCCAGCCGCUGCAAGGGUCAGGAGUCAAGACUCAGACAGGACUUUCCUAGGGCUUCUGGAUUUGGGCAAACAGAACUGAAUGAGCCCAUAGCUGCUUCCUUCCAGCUGCCUCUGGAACCUAGGCCGAGCAGAUUGCUGGGGAAGGGGGUACAAGGUGCCAGAGGAUUGGGUCUGGUCGACAAGAAACAAGACUUGUGCUCACGACUGGCUCUGGCCUUGGAGAAAGAUGUAAAUCUUGUCUGAAGCAGAGACUAUAAAGAAGUUUCUCCCUGCUGUUAAGGGUACAUUGUUGACAAGCAAACGGUGUUUCGGUUAGUGACGGUUCUAAGUGCAAUGAGUUGUGUUGAAGCCUCCAUCUCCCAUCCUUGCCUGUAACCUGUAGUCACUUGUGCAGUGAGGACAUCUUUUUAAAUCCAAAAAAAAAAGUUUCAAAGAAAAAAAAAAAGAAAAAAAAAAAACCAUGAAAAGAGCCAAUC